CGCAUGCGUAGUGUUGUGGCUCAGCGCUCAAUCUGGCGGUUUGACAACACUCCACAAGCUGGAGGCACUCAGCGACCGCGCUAGUUUCAGUUUAGCCGCGAGAGACGCGCGCCGCUACGAGCUGUUGAUCUUUGCUAGUGAUAUCAUCUAUUACAAUUGUCACAGAACAAUCCUCACUGCAUAUUCAUUUUUCCAGCGGCAAUAAUGUCUGAAGAUCACGCGCAAGCCGUGGAGCAGGUGGCAGAGGAUGUGAAGGACAUCAAGCUCGAAAACGGGACGGCUCCAGGGGCAGCCAACGGAACACCGAACAAGAACGAUGACAGUGUCAUACCGUUUAAGGAUGCUUUUAAAAUGUUCUCAAAAUUCGGAGACCCGAAAUCAGAUGGCAGACAAAUAACGCUGUCUCAAAGCGAUAAAUGGAUGAAGCAAGCUAAAGUGAUCGACGGGAAAAAAAUUACUACAACGGACACUGCAAUACAUUUUAAGAAACUAAAGUCGGUGAAACUUGGUCUUGAAGAUUACCAGAAAUUCUUAGAGGAUUUGGCAAAGAGCAAGAAAAUUGAGCUGGAAGAAAUAAAGAAAAAAUUAACAACCUGUGGGCAACCAGGAGUAUCAACACACCUGACAAAGUCUGCAGCUGCAGCAGCGGCCGUUGAUAGAUUGACAGACACGACCAAAUACACGGGCUCGCACAAACAACGAUUUGACGAAGCAGGCAAAGGAAAAGGCAUAGCCGGCAGGAAGGAGCUCGUCGACAAUUCCGGCUAUGUUACCGGCUACCAACACAAGGAUAGUUACAAUAAGUCUCAUUAGCUUGAUAAAUCUUAUCCUCAUAAUCCCGUUCAUUUAUGUACGUAGGUUGGUAAUGAUUUCGUAUGUAAGGAACUUUUAUGUGAAUCUUUAAAUGACUAUAGGCCCUAAUAUUUAAUUGAUAAAUGUUAUUAUGACAAAAAGGAGAUAAUGUAAAAAGAAUAAUUACGGCCGGAUAUAGAAACAUAUACGACAGGAGCUGACGAAAACGUUACGUGCCUUUUAUUUUUUGUAUUGUUAUACUUAUAUUGUUUUGAUACUGUUUUCGAUGCACUGCAUGUUUUCUAUUUCUGCUAUAACAUUCCUUAUGACGUAAAUAUUUCAAUAUUUAAUUAGGAUCUAAGAUACUACUGUUUUUGUCUCUUAAAUGUCUAGUCGUGAGUAGUUUAGAUUUUACAUUAAAACAAAUUUAAUAGCAAAAGUGUUGUACAAAAUCAGGUAUUUUUAAAACACUAAUCAGCUAGAAAAUUUUGGGUUACAUGUAUUAUUUAUUUUUUGUAUGAACGUCAUAACAUUAAUAGUUCAAACAAUCUUAAAGUACAACACGAUAAGUAUUUCAAAGCUUAGUGCAAUGUAAGACUAAUUGUGGUCCGGCUACACGUAACGAUCGACGACGGUAGACGAUCGUGGUUGAAACUUUACUCCAUUAUUUAUGGUAAACAAUAUUAAACCAAAAAUAAUAAAGUCAAAAUUUUGUUAAAGCAUGGACAAAAUAUCUAAUAUAAGUCACGCUUAUGAUAUUUCGUGACUAUCUGUAUCUACCCUUUUAUCGUCUACGCGAAAGCGCUCAAGGAUCAUUUCAUACGGCGCUGUAACGUUUCCCGUAAAAAAAUAAAAAUUUAACUUUCAAAAAUUUUAAGAAUUACGACCGUUGCAAAAUCACACGAAAAUAAUAGUGUCGUUACUUGUGCGGGCCGUAUGGAAAUUGGAAACAGCCGUAAUGUCAAACGAAUAAACGAUUAAACAUUACCCGAAGCAACAUAAGAGCCAUAGCCGGAUUUUAUCAAUCCUGGAUUUAUGAAACGUAAACGACAUACAAAAUUAUUUUCUCUUAUUUCUAUGAUACUCUAGUGCUUAACGGAUACAUUUAAAAGUUUACGGCGAAAUAUACAAAAUCCACAAUUUAUUUAAACGGAAUCGGAACGAUAUAAACGGAAGGAUAUUCGUAAUAAAUUGAAAUUUAUUACAAUUUUCUUCACAGAAACCAAUGAAACAAAUAAGGAAUACUUAUUGAAAUUGAAAGUACAAGUAAAACGCUCAGUUUAUAUAAGCCAUAAUUUAUUGAUCUGUAAGUGAAAACAAGUGAAAUUUAUUAAGGUACUUUCAUCGUCUUAAAUCUAAUUAUACGUAAAGCUACAACAAUUUCAAAAACAUUUAUUAUAAUAAAAACAAAAGUGAAUUUAAUUACGAUUGAAUGUCAUGAGAUAUUUUUGUAAGACGAAUGAUUCGUCAGUAUAUUAUAAGUAUCUGUAGGUACCCAUAUAAUGUACAAUAAAACAUUUGAAAAUAUUGUAUUAUUUUAAACACAUUUUCAUCAAAUAUUUAUUUAAUAAAUAAAGUUUAUUCCCAUAAUAAUAACAA